CUAUUUUUAGAUGGGGUCAGUGAUUCCCAUUUGACAGCUGGAAAGACCCAGAAGAGGAAGGCAAAAAAUGCAAAAACUUUUAAAAAGAGAAAACGGAGAUAAUUGAAAAGUAUCUUAUAACAUACUAACAGUUAACUUAUUGGUAAAUAACCCAUUUACAGUAAACGUGGCUAUACACAAGCAGAUUUUACAUGUGUAACCCCAUGCUGAACACUGCUAUGAAAGGUUCCACAUUCUCUCCUCUUGUCAUCGACUUACUUAAAAUAAUGGAGAGUUAAAUCGGUACAGUGCUUUGCAAAAAAAGGUUACAAAAAAAGGUUAAAGGUCAGGUUAAGAGAGUCAAUGAACAUAUGUCCUGGGUCAUUUUAUUCGGAUGGCUUCUAUGUCACAAAUGAUGUAAUGUGGGCUAACAUUACCCCUAUUGGCCAAUAAUAGAGACAUUAGGUCACUAGUGGAAGGCCAAGUCAGAAGGAAAGAAGGGGAAAAGACAGAAGGAGAGACAGAGAGGACCCAGCGAGGAAGCAACUAAACUUAUAACCACACAGGAGGGAGUGAGAAAAGAAAGUUAAUAAAAGAUAGACAGUGACAGAUGUACAAUAUAGUGAAGCAGAAGAGACGGGUAAGUCAGAAUACAGAUCACUGGAGACAGAAGGUUGAUUUAUACAAGGAAAUACAACUAAAUAUACUGCUCUGAGGGAAAAUAAUCGCCAGAAGACAAGGAGAAGAUAUAGAAAAGCCGAUCUCCAUAAACAGCUAGGAAAAAUGAAUCCUUCCCCUCUGGAUAUGGUGCGGGGACCAAAGGCAAAAGCAGCAGCAAUAGUAAAAGAACUCACAGGGCAGGUCCCACAGCUAGAUGGGCAGAUAGACCUGGGCAAGAAGGUGAGUGUCCCUCAGGACUUGAUGCUGGAAGAGCUCAAUCUGAAGCGCAACCGUGGUUCCUGUAUGUACUUGGAGAGACAGAAGCGAGUGCAGAGAUAUACAUAUGAAUACCCACCAGGCCAAAUCAAUGCAGGUAGCAAUAUGAAUCUCAUACAGUCUGUUCAAGCAGCAAAUGGUGAUCAUGCAACUGCAACUGAAGGAAUGCGUGGGGGGGAGCGGUAUCACUCAGAGAUCUACAUACCAAGAGGAGAUCGCAAAACUCCCCCCAAUGUACCCAAAAAGACUGCCAAAGUCUUACAGAUGAAGAUGUGCCUCAAUCCAGGGGCAAUAGCACCAGGUUAUUCAGCCCCUUGGAAAGAGAUUCCUUAUGAGAAGUUUAACAGCACAGCCAUCCCCAAGUCAUACAUAUCGCCAUGGAUUGAGGAGCAGAACAUAGAGACUUUGAUAUCUGUCACUGAAUCCCUACCUGAACCACCAAAGACUCCUCUUAAUGUCACAUACCGCAGUUUUAACAGCACUCCGAUCCCCUUUGGGAGUUUAUCAGUACUUGAAAAUACAAAUGCUCCAACAAUGUUUGAAGAACUACAAGCUCAGAUAGAAGAGGCCACCAGCGGACUAGAACUAAUGUGCAAAAGACCCAGCUUCAACAGGACACCUCGGGGGUGGGCUAUGAAAUUCAUACCAGAAACAGCAGACCUGUAGUCGGCUGAUUUAUUGGAGCAGAUGUAUUAGCUUUUCUAUAAUAUUAGUUUUUACUUGGAUCUUGUAUGCAUUCAUAUGUCUUAGCUAAGUACAAGCAGUGAUUUAUCUCUAUAGCAAAUGUUGCCUUCAUUUCACAUUAAUGCCAAUCUUUAGGUAGUGGGGGUCAUUUUUAUUCUUAUUAAGUUUUCCAAAAUAAUCUAUGCGCUCAGAUGGACUAGGGGUAGGCAAUAGGGAAGGUAUGUACCUGGCGCCCCACAAGCUUUGGUAGUUCCGGCCAUGGUUGAAGGUCACAACCUGACCCCAGGCAUCAGUCCUUUCCAUUUAAAAGUGUUAGAAUAGAUGAUGGGGCAAUAGGAAUACCACUGACGCAGAUUAUUUAUGGCUGGUAGAGAACAGGGUGCUGGCAUGUGCCCCCCCCCCCCAGGAGAACACUAAUGCUAUCCUCCAAAUGAUGCAUUUAAUAGCACAUAUACCAACAUUUUAAAAUAAAAUAAUCUGGAUAUUUUGAGUAACAUCCUAUUCUGCCCUGGUCAUAUUCAGUUUUUCUAUACGCUCUCCAUGUUCUGCCCCAACACCUUCUUGGGGGUCCAUGAUUUUGAACUUAUCAUGACCGCCAAUGGAGAUAUGCACUUCAUUGUUCAGCUAGUGAUAUAGCAGUUAAGUCUUUGGCCUUUGACUUAGGGAGUUCUGGGUUCAGUUACUGUGUAAAUCCUGAUGUCAUAGACACUAAAAUAAAUGAAACAAUGUGUCAAAUUUUCUGUAAAUCAUUAUACGUUGGGGAAACAUGGAUUUACUUUACAGAACAGUUAUAGCUACAUGUUGUGCUUGCAUGGGGAAAUGUAUUUCCUGCUACUUCUGUGACUAUUUUCUUUCUGCCAAAAAUUCUUGAUUGAUUAGGGCACUUGUCUCAUUAGACACAAACCAGGAUCACUUGUCCUUUAACUGAAACACCUUGUUGCAUUUAUUAUACUGUUCCUUGAGGAGAUCUUUGUCUAGUUUAGACAUGCAAGUGGAAUAGCUCUGCUAAUACAUUAUCUCUGAAACACUAAUGCAAUUUCUUAACCAGUUUCUGAUGGGACCCUGAGAGUCCAUCUUGGGAUUUAAAAGUGUCAUUUUAGUUGAACAGAAGACAGUAGGUGGCAGUAGGCAGAAUGGGCACUUGCCUUGGGUGCAUCUAGGAGGGGGCGCAGCUCAGAUUGAGAUUGGAGCCUGGAAAUGGAGGAAGGGAACGAUGUGCAGAAAGACAAAAAAGAAAGUGAGUGACAGCCAAGGGUUAGAACAACUAUGGCAGCUGAAGCAAAGUGAAGAGGUGGGAUCACAAGUGGGCUGGUGGUGGGGGAGAUACAUACUGUAGUGGGCAAUUAAAGGACAAGGAAAGUAAAUAGAAAAGGGGAGUGCCUGUUUGUCAUGCAAAUUGUGAUUACAAUGACUGACUUUGAUGUUGUCUGGGGGGUGCUCCUUUUCACAUUUGUGCCCUGCAGUCCAGAGUUUAGGACAAACACCAAAGUUCAUGAAAGAUGCAGGGUCAGAGCAACAACUUGCACACCUAAAAAGCCUGGCCCUUAAGUGCAUAUCCCACAAAUUCAUUAUUUUGUAUUACCAAUCCAGAACCCUUGCUUUAGGGUAAGGCCACACGAGGAGAUUCGGGGAGAUUUUGUCGCCUGGCAACUAAUCGCCUCGUCUUUUGAGCGACUAUCUCCCUGAACUGCCUCAGCGUUUUUCCCCAUAGGCUACAAUGAAAAGUCGCCUGUGCUAAUGCACACGCGGCGAUUCGUUUUCUAUAGUGGCCCGAAGUUGCCUCAGUGAGCAUGUAAAAUACUUAAGAUCAGAGUUGAAAUACAAUUGCAUGGCUGCCGAGACUUCCAACACAUCUCAUUGCGACCCUAGCAAAGUCAAGUGUCCCAUAUUCAGAAAACUCUACCAUAUUGUAGCUACUAUAUAACUUCUAAACGCUUGCUUUGCUGGAGUCCCUUAUGUUAAAUAUAGUUACUCAACAGCUUAAUAAAAGCAGGUUUAUCUUGCUCCCGAUCAAUGUUUGGCCUAUUUAAGUCAUGCAAUAAACAUGUGAGCCAUUCUUCUUCAAUGCCUGCCAGGCUUAUUUUACAGUUAAAUUAGCAUAGGCCAAUCUGCAUAUUGAAUCCUCCUGGGGAACAGAACGUUAUACUGGGUACAAGGAAGGCCUACGGUAUCUGCACUAAAUAUGCAGGCAUCGAGUCAUAUGAGGAAUUUAAAUAACAAAGUCCUGUCCUCUCUUUAAAGUUAAACUAUUUCCAUAUACCGAGCAUCCAGAUUCCCUGCUAGGCUUGUUGACUUGAUCUUCACCAGCAAAAUAUUUAUGGAGAAAGAGAGAGAGGCUUUUUUAUAGUCCCUCAUUAUAGACUGCAGCAUGCACAUUAUUUAGACAUAAAAGGUUUUCCAAUACGAAUGGUACUUUGGAGUAUCCUCAUUAACAAAAUGGUACCAUCUGCAACUUGCCAAUGCCUGGAAAGUAAUAUGUCACUUUGAUGCACACAUCCAUUCAGACUGGCCAAUUAAAUAAAAAUAAAUAAAAGACCCAGCAAAUAAACAUAAUUUCCUCUGUUUUCUGUCCUUUUGGGGGUAUAAUAAAGGGGAUAUUGACCUCUAGCUGUUAGUAUAAGGUGAACUAUGGUAAGACCUAGUUCAUGGAGUAUGGUUCUGCUUGUCUCCAACCCACGGCUCCAGAAACAAGAUUUUAUUGUACUUAGAAGUGUAGAUGUCCCAUUAUCAUUAGUAGUUUAUAUAAAACUUGUCUUUCUUUACAAGCACUCUUCUCACUGGCAUCCAGUCUAUCACCAGGACCACUGCCUAUGGUAAUUUGCCAUACAGUUUAAUCGCAAAAUAUACUGUAAAUACCCCAAAAAGAAGACCCAA